AUGGCAGGCUCGUCGCGCAACGCAUCGCCCAUCAAGCGCCUCAUGACCGAACUGCAAACAUACCAACACGACUCCAACGACGCGCUUUACGAACUCGGACCUACAGACGACGAUGUGAUGCAAUGGAGAGCGGUUAUGAAGGGUGUAGAGGGAACGGCAUAUGAAGACGGCUGCUGGCUCCUCUCCAUCGCUAUCCCCUCCACUUACCCCCUCACUCCGCCCACCAUCCGCUUCGUAACGCCCAUCUGCCACCCCAACGUCGAUUUCAAGACGGGCGAGAUCUGCCUCGAUCUACUCAAGACCGCUUGGACACCCGCGUAUACCAUCUCGUCGACUCUGACGAGUAUACACCAAUUGCUCACUAGCGCUGAGCCGGACAGCCCGCUCAAUGUGGAUGUUGCGCAGCUAUUCAGGACAAACGACGACGUUGGGGCUAGGAGUUUGAUCAGGUUUUAUACUGUUAGCGAGAAGUAUGAUUGGAAGGGGAAGAGAUAG